AUGAGGAUCAAGGAUCCAAAGGCAUGGAGGUCCAUUUGCAACGGACCUACUGUGAUCACCUAUGUUGUGAAUGAUGCUGAGGGAACAACUGCUCUUAAGCCCGAGGCUCUAUUUACUGACGAGGAUCGGGAAAAACAGGAUAUUGACAACAAGGCUCUUGCUAUGCUGCACUCUACUCUUGCACCAGAAGUUGACAUUGGAGUUCGUGACUGCAAAACUGGUAAGGAAACGUGGGAUGCUCUGCUGGCUAUCUAUGAGGGAAAUGAAGAGAUGAAGGAAAGUCGAAGGGAAAUGCUUACCCAGAAGUUCAACCUAUUCAAUCACUUCCCAGGGGAAACUUUGGAAAAGUAA